AGCAUAUUCCACACUACCUAGACCAGACCGCAGCUAAUUAUGGCUUCGGCUUCCUACCCCAUAUGACUGCAACUCAAACUCUAAGUUCUUCGUGGGCGUCAAUACAUGCUAGUAUAAUGUCAUAAUUUGACAUGUUGUGAUAUUAGGUCUGAUAACGAACCUUGUCUAGGGAAUGGAUAUCUUCGUCUCUAACAUACCUGCCUUCCUGGACAAAGAAACAUUGUUGAUUGAAUUCCAUCGUAUCAUUCAUCGUGCACCAUUUGUCACCGACCCUGUACUAAAUUUUGAUCUGUUUUUGUUGAAACCUCGAAACAACAAGGCAUCUGGUAUUUUGACGUUACCUACUCAAUCCGAUGGCCAUCUCUUCUUGACAGUAUAUCCUUCCUCGCCAAUCCGCAUCGCCGGAACCACUAUUGUUUGUCAACCUGGAAGGAAAGCACCUCGUGAGACCACUCUGAAUCGCAUUCGCGGUCAGGCCUGGCAGGAUCCAAAGCUCGUUGUACAAGAAAAGGAACGAGAGAAGGAGGCAUCUGUGUCUACCCCAAAACUCAGCAUGAGCUUUGGACGCUUACGACGUGAUGGAACGUUCACCAUCGAGCAUUCUUUCGCGGGAAAAAUUCAUUGUGACCUUGUUAGGAGACGGUUGGUUGUAACUCUGGUACGAGAGCAGACUUCCAAUGUUGUCGAUGGACAUCCCGCACACGAUACUUUUUUGUCGAUUUUCAAUAGAUUAUCCGUCGAAGACAUGAUCCCUUCCCCAAUAUUCUCGUACUCUUCCUCUUCUGUCCAAGCGGUCAGACGUUCGAGUUCUACCCAGGAAUCCGAACUUCAUUUGGAGUUUUCUAAUCCAGCUAUCUUCGAACAACCUCACGCUGCAUCGUUUUUGAAUCGGCAGCAAUCCUCCCAACGCUUGACCGUGACUGGCCUUCCAGGCUGCAACUUCAUGCCUCUCGUGUCACAAAACCUGCGUAUCAUCUUUUCGAACGACGAUGAAUUGUUGCAAUUCCUAACGCGAGCCCAUAACAUUCAGCUUCCUCCUGCAAGAUUCAUCGCCAUCAGUACUAUCGAUGUUCGAGUAUACAAUAACGACAGAUUCGACGAAUUGAUGACAUUCACACGAACUCUCCCGUUUCCUCUUGGAUUCCAGCUGGAGAAGUCAGUUUGGGACGGUAUCAUUGAGCCUAGCGAACUUUACGAGAAAAACAUGCGACAGGCAAUUCUCAAGGUCCAGGAAGAUCACCCUGAGAUUGCCGCUCCAAUCUUUCGCUACUUUGUAUCAACAUUACAAAUUCCUACCUUUCGAGAUCCUCCCCGAUCACCCCCUCGCCCGCGAUCUGAACCAUCCGAAGAUUCGUUAUCAAAGAGCGCUCGACGGAGGCGGAAACAAAGGAACCGUCGACGAGAACUAGCUUCUGCCGAUAACAAAGGCUUGGAGCUCCAUGAGCAAUUGGCACAAGCUGCACAUGCUUAUGUGUUGGAUUCACAAAGACCACAACGACGAUACGCCUCUUCGCCGAACCCUGCGCUCUAUGAAGCAUAUCAUGUAUCGAUCACACCGUCCCGCCAAGUAUUGGAAGGGCCCUUGCCUGACCUAUCCAACGGUAUUCUCCGGCUUUACGAAGAUUUCCAAGACUGUUUCCUCCGGGUUUCCUUCCAAGAUGAGGACGGAGGUAAGCCUCGACGUGAUAACAAUGUGGCUAUCGAUAAAUUGCUCGACCAACGCUAUAAACCUGCUUUGCUCAAUGGAGUGACAGUUGCUGGUAGACACUUUAAAUUCUUGGGCUAUUCAAUGAGUAGCCUGAAGGAUUACACUUUUAUCUUUGUAACUGCGUUUUCUCGGCAAGGAGAGCUCAUGGAUGCUGAAACAAUACGGAAACGAUUCGGAAAUAUUCCAAAAGCUUCUCAUAGACCUGCACUUCUCGGUGCCCGGUGGGGACAGAUGUUCUCCGCAUCUACGCCUUCUGUCGCUCUUUCUCUAUCCCAGCUUCACAAGAUACCUGACCGGAUUUCAUCAAACUCAAACGGACAAAAUGCUGUAUUUACCGAUGGAUGUUCCACUAUAUCUCCUGCCCUGGCGCGAAAAGUUGCCCGCCUAGUCCUUCGAAGUGCAUCCAAAAUUAUACCUUCAUGCUUCCAAUUCCGUCUCGGAGGAGCAAAAGGCGUCGUUUUCCAGGAUCCAUUCCUCAAUGACGAGGUGCUGUGUAUUAGGCCUUCCCAAACAAAGUUUGAAUCCACUGACCUGAACCUUGAUAUCACUUUGACUUCUGCCCAUCCAUUGGCCCUGUUCUUGAAUAGACCCCUCAUUGCUCUUCUGGAGCAUCAUGGAGUCCCAGAACAGAAUUUUAUCAAACUCCAGGAUCUGGCCAUCAGAGACACCCAAAGGAUCAGAUCGUCGCUUACUGAAGCAGCUACCACCUUUGCACAGCAUGGGCUUGGAUCAUCGUUCCAGUUGGAAUCAUUGUUCAAAAAUAUAGCCCAAAUACUUCACUUGGAAAUUGCACAACAUGCCUCAGAAAGGAAUAGCUCUACUGCUCAGCUCGUAAUUCUCAAAAUUGCUGUAGCUCACGGAAUUACUCAUAUUCUGCGUGAAAUCAAACACCGUGGUCGUAUCAGGGUUCCUGGCUCUUAUACUCUUCUUGGGGUAUCCGACGAGUGGGAUUGUUUAGAAGAGGGAGAGAUCUUUGCGCAAGUAUAUGAUCCGCGCACACAAAAACUUACCCCAAUCGAAGGUAGAGUUUUAAUCACGAGAAGCCCUCAAAUACAUCCGGGCGAUUGUCAAUUUGUGGAGGCUGUACGUCGAAAAGAGCUGGAUCAUUUGAAGAAUGUGGUUGUUUUUUCUUGCAAAGGUGCCCGAAGUCUACCGUCUAUGCUUGGUGGUGGCGAUCUUGAUGGCGAUAUCUAUAAUCUUAUUUUAGAUGAUAAAUUUCACCCGCCGAAAAGAUUCACGGCCGACGCAGGUGCCUAUGAACCCUUACCUCCUACUCUUACACCACAUAUUUGCGGUGUCCGCGACGUUGUAGAUUUUGUGAUUAACUACAUCAAAUCAGACCUUGUUGGUUACAUUUCCACUACUCAUCUGCGGAUAUCAGAUGUGAAUGGGUUAGAUUGUCCUGAUUGCCUCAGACUUGCGAAGGCCGCCUCCCAUGCAGUUGACUUCCCAAAAGUGGGAACGGCUGUAGACUUCAAGACUUUACCAAAGGCUCCAGAGGGUCCGAGACCAGAUUACUUAUCGGGAGAAGGCUAUCGACCAAAACCUGGAGAUAAUCGAUACUAUCCAAGUGUGAAGGUACUAGGGCAACUAUUUCGGCGUGUUCCAACGGACGAGUAUGAGGUUGAGAUGGAGGACUAUGAUGACCCUAUCGAAUUUAUGAAGAUUGAUAAUGCUAUGGGCCUGGCAGCGAGGCGAUGCUUGAGGAAGCUUCAAAUGGGUCGGUUUGGAGCAUUCUCUGCGACAUUGGAAAUGAACCCAGAUGAAGACUUGAUUGAUGAGAUGCACCACGUCUUUGAAGAUUAUCGGGAACAGCUUAUUGUAAUUGCUAAAACUCAUACUGCUUCCAAAAAAGCAAACACUUGGUUGAGCGAGGAAGAGUUAAUCAGCGGAGCUAUUAUGGAGCGAUACCCGGACCCUAAACGACGACGAGAAGUUACGACUGCUAUGAAUCUUCAGACGCAAGAGCUGACGCGGAAAAUUCGUCUCGAAUUUUAUCGCCAAGACAAUGACCUGGAUGACUUUGAAAUGGACGGAUACUUUGAUCCCAUAGAUUAUGAAGAAGAUCCCGAUAUAGGUCGUCUGUGCAACAAAUUCAACUAUGCUCGAGCGGCGUGGAUAGCAGCGAGCGAGGUGGGCUACGAUAAGUUUGGUGCCCAGAGUUUUGCAAUGAUCGCACUGGGUAGCAUGCUCAAUGCAAUCAAGGAUUUGGGGAGGGAAGCUAAUGCACUCUGAACGACGUUGAACUUAAUUCGAUCUCUCCUGUCUCUGUACUGAUGAUAUGCUGUCGGAAUACCAUUUCUGAAGAGCCGAUUUUACAAUUUAUGAUUGUUGACACAUGCGAUUGUGGGCC